AUGCGGCUGUCAGCACAAUACUGCGACCAGGAUCUCCGGCUCGAGCCCGGAGAGUGGAGGAUAAGCCAGAUAUCCUCCCGUCCCUCCUGCCGCGCAGUGUCUUGCGAUAUCGAAGACCAAGUACAAUUUGUCCAUCUCACUAACAUUGUACCGAUCGAAAGUCGUAUCAUAGGAGGGACCCCUGCCUCUAUUGACCAAUACCCUUUUGCUGCACAGAUAAUUGUUAGAGGAUAUCUAACAUGUGGUGGAUCACUACUUACAUUACGAAAUGUUCUGUCCGCAGCGCAUUGCUUCUUCGAUUGGAAUAACAAUUUAAUUAGGACUCGUGAUGUGAGAGUGCGCGCUGGAACCUCGAAUAAUAAUUCGGGCGGAACACGUCUCAGAGUGUCACGUAUAGCCAUACAUGAACGAUAUAACAUGCCUCUACGUGAUAAUGAUAUCGCGAUCUUGCAAACGUCUUCGCGGUUCCCUCGAGGCUCCAGAAUCCGUUUAGCCUUGAUUCCCUUUCAGAAUGAUGUCGUGCCUGACAAUAGUCCCUUGAUACACAUUGGAUGGGGAAUAACGUGGGUGCAUGGGCAGCAAUUGUCGCCAUAUCUGAGGCAUGUACCUGUGCUCAAAAUAAACCGGGAAGUGUGCGCUUCGAGGUACCAACAACUCGGAGUCGAGCAGAAUUCAUCUUUCCCCGUCACUGAGAACAUGAUGUGCGCUGGUCUGCUAGACUUAGGAGGGGCGGGUGCCUGCCGAGGCGAUAGAGGUGGUCCGCUGUUGUUCAACAGGACUAUUGUCGUAGGAGUGGUGUCAUGGGGACAUGACUGCGCACACCCGCAAUACCCCGGCGUCAACAUGCGUGUGGCUAGAUAUAGUAAUUGGAUUAAUGCUACGGUAGCUAACCUCAACGGGAGUCCAUCUGUGAGCGAAUCGAGAGUAAUUCUACUGUUCACACUCAUCUGUGCAAUUAUCCACUGGCACUCUAGUUAGAUAAAUUAAUUUCAAUUUAGAACAUCUAUUUAUAUUUAUAUCAUGAUCUAAAAGUACUAUUUUACAAGUUUUUAUAUGUUGUUUAAAUUUUAUAAUUGAUUUUAUCCAGAUUAAAUCAUGGUUCUGUUAAAAAUGUUUAUAACUUGAAUGAAACA